AUCGUGGGCCAUAUACAAAACGACUAGAAUGUGGCUUAGUUGCCUUUUCUUGAGCUUCGGUGACAAUUUAGCUACAUAUUCUGUUUAUACGGCCUUCUUGUGAAAUGAACAUCAAGAAAUUUCAUGUUCAACCGAAUGACACAUGAAUCCGGUCUGGCUGCUCUUCAGUCUGAUGUAAAUGACGAAGGACGUUUUGACGCAUUAUUAGUGAUGUAUUAAGAGAUUCGUCCACAUUAAUAUUAUAUAUACUAAACCAAGAUUUAAAUGAAGAAACACUAUGAUUCUGUGAAAGAAAGCCUAUUUUCCUUCGACUUUUUGUCAUGUCAUGUAAACUAGCAGAGCUUGUGCAUGCAGGAAGAGCCAGGAGGGAGAUAGCUGGGCUGUGAUGUGCUCAUUUCACUGUUCACUGACGCCGUGACGAGAAACGGCCAGCGCAGCGGACACACGAGGAUGCUCUCGUGCGCACUCGCGCUCUCCCGGUUGUUCAUAGCGAUCAACAUGGAAGUGCUUUAUUAACGCAUAUACGUCCCUGCUGCUUGUGGGCUGAUGUAUUUUAAUUCGACAAUUGAGACCGGACCUAGACAUUUUUGGUCGCUGAAUCUGUGGACUUUCGUCUUCGCGAUCGAGUGGAUAGAACGGAGACGUCUGACUCUGCCGGCAAAGUCUUCAGAAAAGAGGCAAAUUAUGCCAGCAGCACCAGAGUUCCUGUCUUUGGUGACGUGCCGGCUGCUCGGUGGUAAGGCCUCUCCGCGCUCCCACUCCUGCCCCUGUGCCCGCACUCAGCCACCCUCCCCUGGCACACCCACCUCCAUGCCGCUGGGCGCCGCCCGCAGGCCUACGCCCGCCCAGCCAUGAGCGACUCUGCUCCUGCUGCCACAGCUGCUGCGCCAGCCUCCGCCACCUCGGCCGCGACUGCCCCUGCCACCACACCUGCCCAGCCAGCCGCCGCCGCGCCCCCGGUGCCCGCCGCUGCCGUACCCGCACCCGCUCCGCCGGUGGCACCGGUGGGCUCUCUGGCCCAGCGCAAGCGGGCGCAGUAUGCCAAAAGCAAGAAACAGGGCAGUACGGCCAAUACGCGGGCCGCCCGAGCCCUCUUCUGCCUCAAGCUCAACAAUCCCAUUCGCCGAGCCUGCAUCAGCCUGGUGGAGUGGAAGCCAUUUGAUAUCUUUAUAUUGAUUGCUAUUUUUGCCAACUGUAUGGCCUUAGCUGUGUACAUCCCCUUCCCUGAAGAUGACUCGAACUCAACAAACCAUGACCUGGAAACAGUGGAAUAUGCCUUUCUCAUCAUUUUCACGAUUGAGACCUUCCUCAAGAUCAUAGCGUAUGGCUUAGUGAUGCACCAGAAUGCCUACGUGAGGAACGGCUGGAACAUGUUGGACUUUGUCAUUGUUGUGAUCGGGUUGUUCAGUGUGGUCCUGGAGGUGCUGACCAAAGAAGAGGAGGUGGAGGAGGUGGAGGGGCUCGCCUUGCACGGCCAUGGCGGGAAGUCGGGCGGCUUCGACGUGAAAGCUCUGAGGGCCUUCCGAGUGCUGCGACCGCUCCGUCUGGUCUCAGGAGUGCCCAGUUUACAGGUGGUGUUGAACUCCAUCAUCAAAGCCAUGGUCCCCUUGCUGCACAUUGCCCUGCUGGUCCUGUUCGUCAUCAUCAUCUACGCCAUCAUCGGCCUGGAGCUGUUCAUCGGCAAAAUGCAUGCCACCUGCUUCAUGCCCGGCUCAGAUAUGCUUGCGGAGGAUGAGCCGGCUCCGUGCGCGGUCUCUGGCCACGGGCGUCAGUGCCCCAUCAACGGCACUGAGUGCAGGGAAGGCUGGCACGGGCCCAACGGGGGCAUCACCAACUUCGACAACUUCAUGUUCGCCAUGCUCACGGUCUUUCAGUGCAUCACCAUGGAGGGCUGGACAGACGUGCUAUACUGGAUGAAUGACGCUAUGGGCUUUGAGCUGCCGUGGGUUUACUUUGUCAGCCUGGUCAUCUUUGGCUCCUUUUUCGUGCUGAACCUGGUUCUGGGUGUGUUGAGCGGAGAGUUCUCUAAGGAGAGGGAAAAGGCCAAGGCCCGCGGAGACUUCCAGAAGCUGCGGGAGAAGCAGCAGCUGGAGGAGGACCUGAAGGGCUACCUGGACUGGAUCACGCAAGCUGAGGACAUCGACCCCGACAACGAGGACGAGGAGGAUGGCAAACGCAACCGGGUCACUCUGGCUGACCUGACGGAGAAGAGGAAGGGAAGGUUUGGGUGGUUCAGCCAGUCCUCUGACACUCAUGCGAGUGUGCCGGCCAGUGAGACGGAGUCGGUCAACACGGAGAACGAGAAAACAGAGGAGGAGAAGACGCCGUGCUGCGGGCCCUUUUGUCAAAAAAUUUCAAAGUCAAAGUUCAGUCGGCGCUGGCGUCGCUGGAACCGGUGCUGCCGUAGGAAUUGUCGCCUGGCGGUGAAAUCUGUGCCUUUCUAUUGGCUGGUGAUCAUCCUGGUGUUCCUCAACACUCUUACCAUCUCCUCUGAGCACUACAACCAGCCAGUCUGGCUCACACAAGUGCAGGAUGUGGCCAAUAAGGUGCUGCUGGCCAUGUUCACGUGCGAGAUGCUGGUGAAGAUGUACAGCCUGGGCCUGCAGUCCUAUUUUGUGUCGCUCUUCAAUCGUUUUGACUGCUUCGUGGUGUGUGGCGGCAUCACCGAGACCAUCCUGGUGGAGCUCGAGAUCAUGUCCCCCCUCGGCAUCUCUGUCUUCCGCUGUGUGCGUCUGCUCAGGAUCUUCAAAGUCACACGGCACUGGCAGUCGCUCAGUAACCUGGUGGCGUCUCUGCUCAACUCCAUGAAGUCCAUCGCCUCCCUGCUGCUGCUGCUAUUCCUUUUCAUCAUCAUCUUCUCCCUGCUGGGCAUGCAGGUGUUCGGGGGCAAGUUCAACUUCGACGAGACGCAGACCAAGAGGAGCACCUUCGACAACUUCCCCCAGGCCCUGCUCACUGUGUUUCAGAUCCUGACGGGCGAGGACUGGAACGCUGUGAUGUAUGAUGGGAUCAUGGCCUACGGUGGGCCUUCCUCCUCCGGCAUGAUCGUCUGCAUCUACUUCAUCAUCCUCUUCAUCUGCGGAAACUACAUCCUCCUGAAUGUGUUCUUGGCUAUUGCUGUGGAUAACCUGGCUGAUGUUGAUUCUCUCAACACUGACAAGAAGGAUGAUGACAAUGAUGAUGACAAAGAGGAAAUAAAGGUCCCAGUGGAGGAUGAGGAGAAAGAUGGAGCAGAGGAGGACGAGGAGGAGCCUGAGGUUCCAUCGGGACCACGCCCUGCCAUCUCAGAGCUGGUUAAAAAGGAGAAGAUCACUCCCAUCCCAGAGGGCAGCGCAUUCUUCAUCUUCAGUACCACCAACCCAAUCCGUGUGGCCUGCCACAAGCUGAUCAACCACCACAUCUUCACCAACCUCAUCCUCGUCUUCAUCAUGCUCAGUUCCGCCUCGCUGGCUGCCGAGGACCCCAUCAGGAACUUCUCGGCGCGGAACAUCGUCCUAGGCUAUGCUGAUUAUGUCUUCACUAGUAUGUUUACAUUUGAGAUCGUGUUGAAGAUGACCACAUACGGGGCAUUCCUCCACAAGGGGGCUUUUUGCCGCAAUUACUUCAACCUGCUGGACCUGCUGGUAGUGGGGGUCUCCCUGGUGUCCUUUGGCAUUCAGUCCUCAGCCAUCUCCGUGGUGAAGAUCUUGCGUGUGCUGCGAGUGUUGCGCCCCCUCAGAGCCAUCAACAGAGCCAAGGGCCUAAAGCACGUGGUGCAGUGUGUGUUUGUGGCCAUCAGGACCAUCGGCAACAUCAUGAUCGUCACCACGCUGCUGCAGUUCAUGUUCGCCUGCAUAGGAGUGCAGCUGUUCAAGGGGAAGUUUUAUCGAUGCACAGAUGAGGCCAAGUCCAACCCUGAGGAGUGCAAGGGAACCUUUAUCAUGUACAAGGAUGGUGACGUGAACCAGCCCUCCAUUGAGAAGAGGCAGUGGCACAACAGUGACUUCAACUUUGACAACGUGCUCAUGGCCAUGAUGGCCCUGUUCACGGUCUCCACCUUCGAGGGCUGGCCUGCACUGCUGUAUAAAGCCAUUGACUCUAACAGAGAGAACAUGGGCCCCAUCUAUAACUACCGUGUGGAGAUCUCCAUCUUCUUCAUCAUCUACAUCAUCAUCAUCGCCUUCUUCAUGAUGAACAUCUUCGUGGGUUUCGUCAUCGUCACAUUCCAGGAGCAAGGAGAGAAGGAGUACAAGAACUGUGAGCUGGACAAGAACCAGCGCCAGUGUGUGGAGUAUGCCCUGAAGGCGCGGCCUCUCCGUAGGUACAUCCCCAAGAACCCCUACCAGUACAAGUUCUGGUACGUGGUGAACUCCACCGGCUUUGAGUACAUCAUGUUUGUGCUCAUCAUGCUCAACACGCUGUGCCUGGCAGUGCAGCACUACGGCCAAUCAGCGCUCUUCAACUAUGUGAUGGACAUCCUCAACAUGGUCUUCACAACUGUGUUCACUGUGGAGAUGGUUCUCAAACUGAUUGCCUUCAAACCCAGGCACUAUUUCACUGAUGCGUGGAACACGUUUGAUGCCUUAAUUGUAGUGGGUAGCGUCGUUGAUAUUGCGAUCACUGAAGUCAAUAAACUUGUAGAGCCAACGGAGGCACCCCAGGUGGAUGAGUCUGGGAACACGGAGGACAGCGCUCGCAUCUCCAUCACCUUCUUCCGCCUGUUCCGCGUCAUGCGCUUGGUGAAGCUGCUGGCCAGAGGGGAGGGCAUCCGAACCCUACUCUGGACCUUCAUCAAGUCCUUCCAGGCUCUGCCAUAUGUUGCACUGCUGAUUGCCAUGCUCUUCUUCAUCUAUGCUGUCAUCGGAAUGCAGGUGUUUGGAAAAGUAGCCAUGGUGGAUGGAACACACAUCAACAGGAACAACAACUUCCAAACCUUUUUUCAGGCAGUACUCCUGCUCUUCAGAUGUGCCACGGGUGAAGCCUGGCAGGAGAUCAUGCUGGCGUGUAUGACAGGGAAGCUGUGUGACCCAGAGUCAGAUUACAACCCUGGAGAAGAGAUGACCUGUGGAAGCAGCUUCGCCAUCAUCUACUUCAUCAGCUUCUACAUGCUCUGCGCCUUCCUGAUUAUUAACCUGUUUGUGGCUGUCAUCAUGGACAACUUUGACUAUCUUACCCGUGAUUGGUCUAUUCUUGGUCCACAUCAUCUGGAUGAGUUUAAGAGGAUAUGGUCAGAAUAUGAUCCAGAGGCUAAGGGCCGAAUUAAGCAUCUGGAUGUUGUGGCUCUGCUGCGACGCAUCCAGCCUCCUCUGGGCUUUGGCAAGCUGUGUCCUCACAGAGUGGCCUGCAAGAGACUGGUAGCCAUGAACAUGCCACUGAACAGUGACGGAACGGUCAUGUUUAAUGCCACCCUCUUCGCCCUGGUGAGGACGGCCCUGAAAAUCAAGACAGACGGCAAUCUGGAGCAAGCCAAUGAGGAGCUGCGGGCUGUCAUCAAGAAGAUCUGGAAGAGGACGAGCAUGAAGCUGCUGGACCAAGUGGUGCCCCCUGCUGGUGAUGAUGAGGUAACCGUGGGGAAGUUCUAUGCCACCUUCCUGAUACAGGACUACUUUAGGAAAUUCAAGAAACGCAAAGAGGAAGGCCUGGUGGGUGUCCACCCUUCACAGUCCAACAACACAGCAAUGGCGUUACAGGCCGGCCUCCGUACGCUGCAUGAUAUUGGGCCCGAAAUCCGCCGAGCGAUAUCAUGUGACCUGCAGGACGAGGAGCUAGUAGACUUUAUGCCUGACGAGGACGAGGAGAUUUAUAGGCGCAACGGCGGCCUCUUCGGCAACCACGUCAACCACGUGGGCCACCACGGCGGCGGUGGCGGCGGCCGGCCGUCGGGCCACCAGACCAACGCCACCCAGCGGCCACUGCAGGUGCAGCCGCCGCCGCACUACGCUCACAUGGAGCAGCCGGUGGGCAGGCUGGGCCGCGCCAACGCCAUGGCGCAGCACCACAACAGCCACGGGCUGCCCCACCCACACCACCACCACCACCACCACCACCACCACCACGGCAACCACCACCACCACCACCACGCCAACUCCUAUGGCAAGUCGCCCAAGUCCACCAACAUCAACCUCAACAACGCCAACGUGUCCAGCCUGCCCAACGGCGGGCACCACCGCUUCUAUGAGCACCUGCCGCCCAACGGCUAUGCGGGCGGCUCCUAUUACAACUAUGACAAACCCAGGACGCCUCGCGGACAAAGAAGGCGCUACUAUGAGACCUAUAUUAGGUCGCAUGCGGGCGACAGGCGGCGCCCCACCAUCCGCAGGGAGGAGGAGUUUGACGAAGACCGCUUCUCCGCGGAGUACUUCAGUGGAGAGGAGUUCUACGAGGACGACAGCAUGCUCUCUGGAGACAGGUAUCCAAACAGCGACCAGGAGUAUGAGACCCCCCGGGGAUACCAUCAUCCCGACAGUUACUAUGACGACGAUGAGCAGCCCCUGUACCAUGAUUCCCGGAGAUCUCCGAAGAGACGGCUACUUCCUCCCACUCCUCAAGCCCACAGGAGGCCGUCCUUCAACUUUGAGUGUCUGCGCAGACAAGGUAGCCAGGACGACCUGCCUCACCAGCGUACUGCUUUACCUCUGCACCUCAUGCAGCAUCAGGUGAUGGCCGUUGCGGGGCUGGACUCCAGCCGGGCGCACCGUCUCUCCCCGACCCACUCCACCCGCUCCUGGGCCACGCCACCCGCCACGCCAGCCAGCAAGGACCGCUCGCCGUACUACACGCCGCUGAUCCGCGUGGACCGGCCCCUGCGCGACAGCGCCAGCAGCAGCCGCGCCUCAGUGCGCAAGAGCUCCUGGUACACGGACGAGCGCGAGUUUCAGCAGCGCACCUACUCGCCCGCACACCUGCAGGUGCCACCCGAGUUCCGCAACCAGUACCACCAGAAGAGGGGCAGCGCCACCAGCCUGGUGGAAGCGGUGUUGAUAUCAGAGGGUCUGGGGAGGUACGCUAAGGACCCAAAGUUUGUUGCGGCAACCAAGCACGAGAUUGCAGAUGCCUGCGAGAUGACCAUCGACGAGAUGGAGAGCGCCGCCAGCCACCUACUGAACGGCGGCAUCCCGCCAGGGGUCAACGGGGUCAACGGUGUUAACGGGGUCAACGGGGUCAACAUGUUCCCCAUCCUCAGCCCGCAGGACUACGACCUCCAGGAUGUGUCGGCCAGCUACAGCGACGAGGAGCUCGAGCCUCGGCCGCGCUACGAGGAGGACCUAGCAGACGAGAUGAUCUGCAUCACCACGUUAUAGCAGCCCCAGGGCCGACAGACACUGGACUUACAGUGAGCAGUCUUCCCUGGGGUAGGGGCACCACCCCAGAACAUGACAUCUCUGCAACUAUAAAAAAAACAGACUGCAAUGCAUCUACUUGCUCACGACCAAAAGAAGUGCCUUUUUAAAGUAAAUGGAAAAGGCACCUGGA